CACUGGCGAAAGCAAGAUCCAAUGAUCGAAAACGUCAGUUCGCGACUGACUACAUGUCAAGUUUGGACUUCAAAUAUUUAUUUAAAGUAGGAAACACAACCAAAAUUAACUCUUAUCCCCAAUUGAACUAUGGACCAAUAGAAUGUUACAACUUGAAUUCAGAAUGUGGGGACUCGGAGCCUUGAAUUAGUGGAUACCAAAAAUGCCUGGGUUUUUCUGUUGGCGGUACCUCAUUAGUUCCAGUGUCCAGUGUUCCAUCAGUACAGUGAAGAAUGACCAACAAGAUGGGUUAUAAUAUUGAUUGGAUAAUACCUACCCUGAGGUGCCCUUCGGCACUAUGGGGGAUAGCAAGUACUCUAACUGUGACUGCAGUAGGGCUGUUCAGCAAGUUAUUAAUCCGUCUAUUAAAUAACACUAAGAUCCAUAAUAAGAAAGUAAUCACAGAAGUAAUGGACAAAAGAGAUAGAAGUAUACCACUUAUCACAGUAUCUAACCAUCAUUCCUGUUUUGAUGAUCCAGGUAUUUGGGGAACUUUGAACUUCUCGACGUUAUGUUCCUGGAGGAAGAUGCGAUGGUCAUUGGCAGCCCACGAUAUUUGUUUCACGACCGCUGCACAUUCAGUUUUCUUCAGUCUCGGAAAAUGCAUACCAGUUGUGAGAGGAGCGGGCGUUUACCAGGACGCAGUUGACUUUUGUAUAGAAAAGCUGGCGGAAGGUGCUUGGGUACAUGUCUUUCCAGAGGGCAAAGUGAACAUGACAAAAGAAAAUAUGAGACUGAAAUGGGGUGUAGGACGAAUGAUAUUGGAAUCACCAGUCACGCCUAUUGUCUUACCAAUAUGGCACAUAGGAAUGGACGACGUCUUGCCCAACGAGCCACCAUAUAUUUUGAAAUUUGGAAAGAACCUGACUUUCAACUAUGGCGAUCCGAUAGAUCUCACAGAAAUGGUGAAACAUUUACGCGCGAGACGCGCUAGCGACAUGGAAGCCAGGAAAGAAAUCACUGAUCUCCUGCAGGAUACUCUGUUGAAGUUGAAAGAGGAAACAGAACGGUUACAUAGGAACAAUUUUAAGGAUAGGUGAAGGACAUGGCAAGGUUACGGUUUUACUUAUAAAAAAAGAACGCCUUCAUGCUUUUCGACUGGACAUGGAAUAUAGUUGCACAGGGUACGGAUCAAAUGUUGCUUUAGAAAAGUAAAGACUAAAGGUAUCUAUAAAUGUGAUUCGGCAAGGCACAAUCAUUUAGGAUAUUUGUUACCCUGUAUUGGAAUCUGAUGGAUCUAAUUUGGGUCCAAUCAUGUGUCCUAGCUUUUGCAACAUAUUUCCUGUGCCUAGUGCAUUUGUAUUUUAAUUUGAACUUACGGCUAGGUUUGCAGAUGUCCUUAAGUUAAGGGCUGAGCAUUACUCGUAGGGAUUCCUAUUAACAAAGAAAUAUGAUGAAAAUUAUCCAGUUGAAUGUGGUUAUUGUUUUAUCCAAUUCACCAAUUUGUAGCAGCAAUUAUAUUUAUUCUAUAUAUAAAUAAAAGUUGCAGUGAUAUAUUUUCAAGAAGAAAGAACAUUUUCUCAAACAAAAAUGAUAUUAAAUUGGCUUAAGACUUAGUUUUUUACCAUAGCCUGUAUUUUCCAUUAGUAUCAAUUUUUUUAGCUAUACGGGGUGUUUCCUAAUUGAAUGUUUAAGGGAUUGAUUUUUGGGUCCAUUUUAAUAGAAGGGGAAGUCCAAUAGGGGAUCGUGGAGAUUUACUCGAGCGCGGCAGAUUAAGAUAAGGAGGGAUAGCUUGCAUCCUGUUUAGUACCUCCACCAUAUAUAAGCACUUUAUACAGGGGUACAUCUAGGGCAACUGAUCAGAAUAGUAAAAAAUCAAUUAUUAGAAAUACCCCGUCAGGCGGAUAAGGUGGGCAAAUGUUGUAAACAUGUUGAAGUGUGUGCAUUCCAGUAAUCUGGCGGUUUGACUGUGAUGCAAUGGAGUGAGAGGGUCACAAACAAUACCUUAUAACGAAUGAAGAUAACUACAUGCGGUUUUCACUAGUAUUCGAAGAAGUUUUCAUAAACUUUCUGAAUCGAUCUCUCAAUUUUUUUCAGUCCAACGUACGGAAAAAAUAUUAUGUGAUCAAGCUGAGAAACGGCUUUUAAUAUUUAAGCGAAAACCGUGCAUCGGAUUGAAAUAAAUCAAGCGAUUAGAAAACACCCUGUAUAUUGAUAUCGAAUAUCUGCAUACUUAUACUUAACCAUGGUCUAUUUUAAGUUUUAAAGUAGUGAUCUAUGGGCUGUGAAUUAUAAGACGUUUCCAAUGUAUAAUGAGAUAUACAAAAAUAUUCUGAUUUUGGAAUAGUGUCUUUACAACUGAAGGCUUAUUUUAUAAGUUUAUAACUUGGUUCAUGGAUGAAUUAUAUACACUAUUUGACUUGAAAUGGCAGUCAUGACAGACAACAGUAAAAUAAUGCCUUAUGUCAAGUCAGACUAACCUACCACUGUAUAAAAAAAUAUUUUUGUCAAAAUAAAAAUAGGGGAAGAAAGGGCAAAGCGAAAGACUUUAGCAGUUUUUUUUUGUCAGUGAUAAGUUAAAGUUUAGGGAUGCACUUGUGUUACAAAAUAUUCUGUAACAAUUCGGUCACUUCAUUUUGAGUCAGUUAGCGACAUAUUAGUAAAAUUUUUUGCGAAAAUAUUUUUUUUAAAAACCCCUGACAUUUUCCAUUUUGCCCCCGGUUACAGGGCAAAGUAGAAACCGCUUCUGGACAAAGCGGAAACUACGUUCGGACAAAAGGAAUAUAACAAUAAAUAGGUACAACCUUAUUUAUAUGCAAAUUGUUUUUAUUUAUAACAAUAUAAAAAUUAUUUUAGCUUACAGAUAUCGCAAAAUUAUGGUUUUCUCAUACCAGAUAAAUCUGCGCACAUUUCAUGUGACCAUCCUUUGCAAAUAAAACAUUCUAUCCAAGUCUUAGUUGGAGGAUCUGUAUAUUCUUCUCCACAAACUAAAACUAAACAGAAAAGCCUUUCUUCAUUAUUCGACCUACCAGGCUCGUUAUUUCCCUUUCUUAUUGCCUUGGAACAUUUAGUUAUUUUUCCUAUUUUGCCUGGUAGAUUACAUUUUUUACAUUUUAACUUUUUCUCGGGUUUCCAACAUAACCUUGUAAGGAGAACUCGUAAAUAUCUCAGAUUUCUCAAAUCUUUUUUUCCUAGUUGCAAUAAUAGCAUGCGCCGCCUUUGAUGAUACCAAACAUAUUGUUUUUGAGGGGAGGCUAUUGAAAUAGAUUCGUCUCGGAUGGCAACAUUAUUUUUCUCCAUAUGAUUGCAGAUUUAGUUUUUUUCUGGCGUUUUGUUAAUCACUUCAUCGACAUAUUUGCUGGAGGUUGUUCCUGAGGGUCCAGGUUGGUCAGACUGUUGGCUAUCUCACAACUAGCAAUUACUAAUCGAAUAUCUAAAUCAGUUAGUGAAAUAUCCUCGUCUGAAUCUGUAUGGAUUGCUUCAGCUGAAAUCUUAACUUUAUUUCUAAUCGGGGAUUGGUCCACUUUAUUUACAGUAGGAACCUAAUGAACUGCAGCAAGGGCAAAGUCAAUAUCCGUGAAAAUAUUUCUAUUAUAUGGGAAUAUUCCACAUUUCUGGAAUACGUGUGUAGUACUUUAAACAGUAGCACUUUUUUCAAAUGCAAUUCUUACUAAUUGUGCUACAGAACCGGACCACCGCCUAACAAUCUUUCGUUCGUUUCUAUUACCAAAUAUCUUGCAUGGUGGAAGGAAUCGCCCAGAUUGCAACAGCCUGUAAUGGUGGUAAACUGGCCUUUUUCCUCAAAACUUAUCACCCCUACUUGUUUUUUCUUUUUACCAGAGAGGACCUUGGGCGGUUUAUGGGCAGAUGUUUUAACCCCAGUUUCAUCCAUGUUAAAGAUGUCAUCUAGACGCUGCAAUAAGUUGAGUUUUUCGAAUAUGUUCCACAAGUUAUCAUAAAAAAUAUCAACCUGUCUUCUGUUGAAACCAGAGCAGCUAGCUAUACUUGUAAGUUCAGGGGUACGAAAGGAUAAAUCAAUAUUCCAUGACAUGAAACAAUUUAGCCAGGCCUCUUCCGUCUUUAUAUUUUCAAAUGGAUGUUUAAUAUCAUUUUGAUCAGCUAUUUUGUAAGCCAACUCCUUUAACCCUCGGGGAGGCGCAUGACAUGUAUGGAAAAUAGUAGGCGCGUUUGUCUGAGACCGACUUUUAUUUUGAAAUGGGUUUCUAUUUUCUGCAGCAUAUUUGAUAUUAGUUUAUAUUAAUUUAUUAUCUAAAACACGGUAAAAUAAACCACAUCCGUUGAAAAUCAUAACUUUAUUAAUUAGAAGAAAAAAAACUGAAUUCUAACUGAGUUUAUAAAACGUAACUAACAAAACGCGUAAACAUUGCAUAACUGAAAAUUAACUAAAUUUUGUUACAAGACCAAUCAAUCUGCCUAGUAGUUUUCUUCAUCGGUUUCGGUGUCGGGAAUAUGAUUGGGAAAAUAUCCAUCAAAUAUUGCAACAAGCUGUUCUAGGCACAUAAAUUUCCCACAUUUGCGGCAAUGGAAUCGAGUUUUUCUAAUCUUUUUCGAGCUACAAAUAGCACAUCUUCCGGUUUGUCCCUCGUUGAUUCGGUUUACAUUUUCUCUUCAUGAACCUGGCGCAUCACGAUUUCCACAAAUUUCCUGCAUCCGCUCUAAGAGAUUUAGGUAAUCUCGGAUUUUUCGAACGUUGUUGAAUAUGUGAAACAAUAAGUUCAUGUGAUAGAAUCUGUAAAAACUCACGACGUCUCAUGUCGUGGGUAAUCCGAUUGUUAGAAUUGAGUCCCACUAAGGAAUUUAGUGCUUCUGGCCACAUUAUAGUUACUGCAUAAUUUAUCUACAAUAUCUACACCGCCCUUGGUAUUAUUGUAAUUGGAUCAAUGUCGUCAUCGUGAUGUAAAGAGGAUACAAGUAACACGUUUCUAUUUUUCUUUGGGAUAUAUAAUGUCAAUGUACAGUAGGUGCCAAAUGCAAACAUGUUACUUCCAGGUGGAGAUUCUGGUUUAGUAAACUCUACAGGUAGCUCUUUAGCUAGUCUCUACAAGUGGUAUGCUUGUAAACCAUUUGUCGAGUGUCACAUUUCUCGGACUUAGAGGGAAUAUAUUGGCUGAAACUGCAUUUCCCUCUGAAUCGCUCGAGUUUUUCAUCUACGGUCACAUACAUCGACGGACUAUAUUCAGUUUUACAAUUUUCCACAAAAAUAUCUGAAAACUCUCUAAUUGGUGCUAACUUAUCAAUGAGCUUUUGUAUCCUCACGGGUUUGUUUGUUGUCAAACCUCAAGCAUCGUAGCAGAAACAAAAACCUCUUGAUUGACAUUGCAAGACGAAAUAUUUCUAUUCCUGACCCAUUUGAGUUCCACAGAUCCUUUACGUUCAACAUAUUGGAUUUUAGAACAUCAGCAUAGAUUAGUAAGCCCAAAAAAGCAUAGAUUUCAGUUUUGUUUGUCGACAGUGCAUCUCUACUUCUUUCGAAGUUACUAUAUAUAGAAUUUAUGUAUAUAUUAGUAUGUUCGACUAUAAUAUCUACCAUAAUAUCAUUUAUAAAAUAUUUAAAAGCUUCUAAAGGGGUUUUCAAAGACUUAGUAGCUAAUUUUGACGAAGAUAAGACGGUGACUAUAUUAUCUUUUUUGGUGCGAACGCUUUUUUUCGGAACAAUCUUUUUCAAUUUUGUAAUUUUGUCCUUUCGUAGGAACUUUCAUCAUCAAAAACCUCUUCACUUUCAUCAUCCAUAACUUCUUCUCACAAACGUCUGAGCCUUUCCUGUUCUGCUUCAUAACUCGCCAUAUCUAUAAGAGAUAGAUCAAGCAUUUGAGGAGCAAAAAUUCAAAAGGAAUAAUAUCCAUUUUUGUAUAUUAAGAGAAAACCGAAGAUUUCUGCCAACUCUAAAAAAAAUGCGAGCGCUGGAUUUUCUCUUCACAAACUCAAAUGUUAUGAUCAGUUAAGUAAAAAACUAUUUACAAUGGAAAUACUAAUUUUAGCUUAGAGCUGUUAUUGUUAAAAACAAUUGGAUAAUGAUCUUUUUGGUGCAAGCAUGUGGAUAAAAACCUAUUUGAACAAAAUAUAAUGGGAUAUUAUCCCAUUUGAAUCUAACUAAGUAGAACUACUUGGAAUAAGAAUAAUGAUCAUUGUUUGAUUCAAAAAUGUAUUACAAAAAUCACAGAAAUGUAUGUCAUAUGGCUACUCCACCAUCCUCUUCGUUGCAGUCACAAUCGAAGCCAUCAUCCGAAUCGGAUUCAGGUAUUGUUGUACCCACAUUGCACUCUGCCAAAAAGUCUUUAAAGAAAGCCAGCCGCUCAUCAUGUUGCCAAUUUUCAUCGUACAGGAAUAACAAUGUUUUCAGAUUUUUCAACUUAUCUUCUUUUACUUUAUUCUUUAAUUCCUUUUUAUUUAAUUUAAUUGCUUUUAAAUGUCUCCCUCUUUUUGCAAUUGAUUCAAAUUGUUUCGACGUAUCAUCAAUCCUAAAGUUUAGUUCCAUUUUAACUUUCACGACACCUUUAUUGUCCUUAUUAAAAAUGAUCCGUUUCAUGUCCUUUAUUCCAACUAACUUUUUUAGGUCUUUAUCCAAUGCCUUGUAGUCUUCAAUAAACCAAUCUUGGCCAAGAAUUUUAACCGUACCAAAUUCACUAAAAAUUUCUCUGUAUUCUUGGUCAUUCAUGAUAACUUCAAAGGUCCUAAGACGUUUCUCUAAUCUUCCGAACACCCUAUCUGCUGGUAAAAAUGAGUGACCUCUAACUGGGAAAGUGAUUCUAAUUUCUUGGAGGGAAGUAGGUGCUGCAGUCGUAAACCAAACGGCCAAUGCGUACAUUACAUACGAAUUCUUGUUUUGGCCUGCACAACCAUCCGAAAACAAUCUUAAGACUUGGCAAUCUGGCAAGACAUUCGAAGUGAGAAAAUUAAUCAAAGCAGAAGCUACUUCAUUGGCCCCUCUCUUACCUUGGGUUUCGUUCCAUGUAUAAAAAAAUGGUUGUUUGGUGCCGUAAUCAGUGAUGCAAAUAUUAUAAAAUGACAGCUGUCGUAAGUAAUAAGCCUCUCCUAUGGGCAACUUUGGAAUAUUUUGCACCUGUUGCAUAUCGAAACAAAAAACUUGACUAUUUGGUUCCUCCCGUUUCAUUAAAAUGUUGAACGGCUUGGCCCUCAAUUUAUGAAUACGUAAUUCCGUCAUGACUUUCAUUUUCUCAGCACCCUUGGAAUCCGCAAGCUGCUUUUUUUUCCGGAAACAAAAACUGCAGACGUCAGAUGCAGGGCGACCAAAUCCAAUAUUAAAAUUAUUCCGGAAAAUAUUGUAGAAGAAACUUAAUUUGACCUUCAUAUUGUCAGUUGUAGUCGAGUUGUACAUUUUCCAGAGUCUGGUUAUGUUUAGGUCUGCCGGUAGAUACAGCCUUUUUGAUUUCUUUCUAUUAUAGUGGCUCUCCCUUGCCUUCAGUUUUCCAAUAAAUUUAAUUACACUGUCUCUCUUUAACUGAUUUUUUGCUGAACGGUGGUCCCCUCCUCUAUUUUCCUGGAUAUCUCUGCCUGACAUGAUAUACCUAGUAAUUGUAUGCAGUCUCUUUAAAGAAAUACUGAAGGAAUUUACAAGCAUUUUCUGACACACUCUGUAUGUAGGACCGUUCAUCGUAUUCAUCCUGUAUUCUGCUGAUAAGGCAUGCUUCUGAUCCCUACAGUUUGGUUUAUAUUUUUCGCGUCGCCUUCUAGGUAUAUGAACCUUACAAAAGUACGAAAUUUGGCGGUCCUGUUUCACCUUGUCAUUAGUAUGGAAAACACGUUUUCUAGUUGCAAUAAUAUCCCCUUCGGCAAUUUUCAUGCAAUUAUAUGUAGGCCCAUUGUGUGUACAAGGUCUCUCGAAGUUUUCGAUAUUUGGAAAAUGAUCCUGAUAUCUGAAAUAAUGAAACAAAUACGUAAAGAGUAUCCUAACCUCACUUUCGUAGCUUACCUUAAGCUCUUAGCUUUCUGUCGUUUACUUAUAGUUCGCCCUCUCUUUCGACUACCCUCAUUGCCCUCACUAACUAGGACUUCUUCAGAAUCCAUUAUGUUAAGCAUAAACAACGAUUUGUACGCCUACGAGCUCAUGAAACUACUUCGUAAACAAUGCUCGGAGCAACGCGUGUAUGGAUAAAAACCUUUUUGGACCAUUUUCGUACGUUUCAUGCUAUUCAUACAGGAUAAAGAUCCAUGUGAACCAAACGUAAAUAAAUCCCCCUUUGAAAAUAUAAUUUUGAGGAUAAUAUUCUUUUUGAUUCAACAUACGUAUUUCGACAGCUAAUUCACAAGGGAUAAACAUCACUUUGGAAUGAUACGAACGCUGCACUAUAAAGAUGUACAUUCAAUACACGUAACGCCAUCUGUAUCUCAAAAUGAAAUUUUUUGGAUAAUAUCCCUUUUGAAUUUUUGCUCCUCAUUUAGUUCCAAAUAUAAAAUAAAAUAGCACACAAAAAGGCGCGUCCGUCUCACAGACCGAACUUACUACUACACCCACUUAUUCUAACGCCACUAACAAACUGCUCAAGGAAAUCCUUUAUCUCGUCAACCUAGGAAGGUGCAUGGUGGGGGUAAUAUUUUAAUCGGUUCGGUCUGUGAGACGGUACGCGCCUACUCUCGGGUUUUAAGCUCUCUCUGGUUAAACCAUAAAAUAUAGCGUCUAAUUCUCGAGCGUAUUCGCUAAUGAGCUUUUCUAAUUCCGGACUAAAUACACAUCUGAAUCUUCCUAAGUGCUUUUCUUUAAAUGGCAAAUGUAAAGUGCCAAUUGGAGUUUUGUAUUUCACUGAGGCAUAUGAAAUGGAAGUUACUCGGCAUUCUUCCGUUGCCAAUCGCAUAUUAUCUUCGGUCCAUGUCACUUGUGUCGAAGUUCUUUGAAAUUUAUUCACCAUGCUGAAAGAAAUGAGACAUAACGUUAAAAAGUAUAAGCUGUUGUGCUGAGGGCAAAGAGGAAAGUUUCUGAUUUUCCCGCACUUUUAGAUUUCCACUUUGCUCGCCACAACACGUAAGAUUUCCUAAGUUAUGAAAACAAAAUAACUACCAAUGACUGCACCGUUUCUACGUUAAUACAACAAGGAGAUAUGGAGUUAGUUUGUUGUAGUAAAUAGUCCUAUUUUUAAUAUCUUUAGCACUAUAAAAUUGGCUACACACUUACCUUAAUAUUUUUUUACCUGGAACCUUAUACAAACAAGCACUCAAAACACGUGAAUAAGCAAGCAAGCCGUGCAGACCUUAUGCGCUCUCUAUCGGUAGGAAGCCCAAGUUCUUGCGUGUAAAAAAUAGAAUACUGCCUUGUAUAAGACAAAGUGUGAAACUUGGCUUUCCGCUUUGCCCGACCCUUCCAUUUUGCCCUCUCUUCCCCUAUAGCUUAACAUGGAACUGGGACAUUACUUUCCAAUGGUUGUAAGCCAACAACAUCCGUGAAAAUAUUUUAAAGAUGACAAACUGAAACAAAUUAAAAAAAUAUUCAAGGUUUAGUAUAUUACAAAAAGUAAUUAAAGCAUUAUUAUUUAUAAACAUAACACAGGUGUAUAUAUAUAUAUAUAUAUAUAUAUAUGCAUAUGUAUUUAACGUACUGUUGUCCGAUAUUCCAUUUUACAUAAAAGAAUCGCAAGUGGAAAUAUAUUCCAUAUAAAUAAUGUGACAUAUUAAUUCUACUAGAAUAUUUAAACUUCUUGGAAUUCUUAACGCAGAAUUAACUUUCAGUCAUUCAUGGAUGUGUUAGCUAUAGGUCAGUUUAUAGUAAGUCAGAUGAAAAAGUUAAGUUUAUAUUAAUGUUUGUGUUUUAUAUUUUUUAAUUAGUGCAAUUGAUCGUUUUUAAAUAUUUUAGUUUUUAGCAAAAAAUAAACAGUUGCUAUUGCUUAUUAUGCAAUUACCAGAUUUUAUGUGUAUGCAUUAUACAUUAGGUUUUAUUUAAAUAUUGGCAAAUUCUUCUUCUGAAUAUGUUGAGAUUUCUUCAUUACAGUUUGCAUCAUUUGAAAUUUCGCUGAACACAGUAAAAAUGGCCAUAGCAUUGUUGUGACCAUUUAUAUUUUAGUACAGAAAAUUUUUACCCUUCAUCAUUUGUAUUGCAUAAAUCUAUGCAUGUUAUUCUCGAAUUGUCAGAAAUUUACAAGAACAUGUAUGUCACGUCUACUGAUCAUUUGGGUGUAACGUAUGUAUUAUUUAUUAUUGACAGUAAACGUCUAGAUAGAGUUCACUUCUUUUUCUCAAAUAAAGCCUAGUGUAUGAAAGACGGUGUACCAUAUUGGUAACGGUUUUGACUAAAUUUGAGCCUGUUCUACCAUUCUAGUAACAAUGAGUCAGUUAACUGUUACACUGUUUUAUUUGAGAAAUACAAGUGAAUCUCAUUAUAACCCACGCAGUAUUAUACCCUGUCAAACAAUGAUCAAAAAAUAUUUUCUGAUCGUCGUUGGUCCUGCCGAAUUUGGUUUUUUCUAACGGUAGUCAUUUUAUAUCUUUUAAAACCAUAUUUACAAAUGUCAUUUGAUGAGCAAAACCUAACCUUCCAUAUGGGAAGUAGACAAUUUGGUACAGUCAACUAUACUAGUCAUAGAUAAAUAUGUUUGCCAUUAUAAAUAAAUACUUGUAUAAAAGUGUAAGUUUAGAUACAUUUCAUAGUAUGGAACAAAGCUCUUCUGUUGUUCAAGGAAUGUUAAUGAUACCACCGGCUAGAGCUGGGUUGGACCUGAAACAGUCGAUCCAUAGGAAUGAUACAUUAUUAGGAGUCGAAGGAAUCGAUUCCAAUGAUUUCGAUUCCGAUUACGGUGAUUUUGAUCCCAACUACGACGGUUUUGAUUGUGGCAUCUAUGAUUGAAACUUGGAUGUCUUGAAAACGGGUCACAACUAAUUUGAGCGAACUGAAAGGAACGAUACCGCUCGUAUUCAAAUAUUGCUGCUACCGCUUUAAGAAUAGGCGACCGCGCGGUCAGAUUGCAUCCGCUUCAAAUAAAGAACGAGCCAAAAGAUAAUUUAGUAUUGAGUAAUGGACCUUGAAGUUUAGACGAUUGUUGAAUUUAUGUUCAUCUGCAAUUUAAUGUUUUCAAAAUUAUAUUUUUAAUGUUGGAAUAUUAUUCCACGCAAAUACGGAAUGACUUCAGGGAGGGGGCAGUGUAACAAGAAUGAGUGAUAUUACUAGCGACAUCUGUUGGGAACCGCACCAGGGACUCUCGUUCGGCAUCGACGCGAGGUGCGAGAGUGACUUCGAAAGUUCCGGUACUGUACUACUCGCAUAAACGUAACAAUUUUGAAUUUAAAUAUGGCUUAUACAUGUUUUCACAUAUACAUAAUGAAAAAUCCUAUGCCUAUAUAAGUCCUCCGUCUUUUAGAAAGCAGGUUCACCCGUGAACGAUGUAAGCUUAAAAAGAAGGAUCCUUAUUGAAUUUUUUACUGGAUUGCCUCCUUUAGCUGUGUUCCGGUUACAUUCGCGAUAUGGGUAAUUUCCACUAGUAUCAUUUUAAGGUAGAAAAUUGGCUUUUUGACUAAUGUAUGUAAGAAUAAUUUACUUGAAGAAAAUUUUGAAUAGACAUAUUGUGACGGUUAUAAUAUUUGCAGUCGAUGUCACAGGAAGAGUAAAACACAAAAUAUUGUCGACAUGUUUUGACCAGGCGCUGUAUGGAACUGAGUUUGCAAAAUGUGAGGACCACACUUAAUGAACGGAUAUCAAUUGAGAAGAGGUCAAAGAAUAAUUAUCCGGAUCUUGCCGGGCUACUUUUUUCAAUCCUCUCCCUCUUAAGUAAUUACAAAAAAGUUCUUUUCGCUCCCACCAUUUUUUUUAUUUCUCGGGUCAUUCGGAAUAAGAAUUUUGGCCUAACAAGCUAGCUUAAAAAUUGCUUUAAAAUAAAGUAAUCUUGAAACUCUCUUCGGGUCUUGUGGAGGGGCUUUAUCUUCAAUUUAGAACUUCCAAUAAUCCAUAAUCUUCCUCUUAAUUCUAUAGAAAUGAAUUAUUGUAGGCUCGAUUUUCGAUUGUAUUGUAAAACAUACCAUCGAGCAUUGAGUGAGCAUCGAUGUUUUAGCGAAGACAAUCUCGCAGUUCAACUCAAAACAUGCGGCCGGCGGAUCGGUGUUAUUCCGUGGCAUACAUAACCGAUGUUUCGGACUUGCGUGAAUCGGGAUGAAAAAAAUUGAAUCGGAAUCUUGAACGAAUCGAAGGACUUAAUUGCCAGGCCGGAAUCGAAAAUAUGAAGUCGAAUUACCAGAAGGAACGAUUUGGCCCAGCUCUACCACCGGCAGUACUUCGCCCUUUCAAUUGUUGUAGCAAAUUAGAAAUGCUCGGUUUAAUAGAUUUUGCGAUAGAUAAGCUAUAUUGCCAAAUGGCAUAUCGAUUUAUGAAGAACGUAUGAACAAAAGAUGUUGGACUUGAAUGUAUACUUGUUACACAGUAGAGAAGUAAACUGCCAAUAAUUAAAUCUGUUUCUGUUAUUACUGGAGCAUAGGAGUAAAUGAGCCUCUUACAAACUCCCGAUUCCCAGACCUACUCAGUUUGCUAGAACUAUAUCGAUGGUGAUCUGAUAGAACGACGUAAGCGCCAUUCACAAAAUUUUACAGGAGAGGUAGAAAACCGUUUAUUUUGGACUCAAAGCAUUUAAAUACCCUGCUAAAGAUUAUAUAUUAUGUCUAUAAUAGCGAUAGAAAUGAUCUAAUAUAUCAAAUAGUAUUGGAGAUCUCUCCAAAAUUCAAAAAACGCAUAUUUUAUGUCGCUUACGACCUUUUACUGGCAUCGUUUGGUACUUACGUCCAAUGAUACGGUGCUUAAGUCUCUUGCAUUAUAUGAAUUCUUGGUCAUACCGGUGAUUACGCGGUACAUACGCAUCUUAUUGCAGUUUGUCGACAGACAUUGAUGUCGGAUACGCAUUAAUAAAACUUGUGACUAUAGCGUGGAAACUUGUUUGUAGCAGGUAGAGUUGGAUGGGUAGAAAAGAAUUUGGUGAUCCUUUUUAAAGAAAAUUUUUAUUUUGUAAUAACAAAAAAACAAAAAAUUAUUGUUUACCACCUUGGUGUAAAAUAUAACUAAAACAUCAACUUUGAUAAAUAAAAAACUCUCCUCAAAACAAAAAUAACUACACCUGUCAUAACAAAAAGUCUAAAAUGAAAAAACAUGUUUUCUUAAUACUUUUGUAUUUCAGUCUUCAGUUUCAUCAUUACAUUCUUCGAUAUCAGUUUCAGGCAGCGUGUCUGCCACGCUAUUAUGCCCUUUCAAAGAGUAAUACUCAGAAUGAUAUUGUACAUCAAUUGUGAAAGCUUUACAAAGUUCAAUUAGGUUAUCAUAUUUCUUUUUGUUUAUCGGUAGUUCGGAAUGAUAAGCUUUAGGCAGAUUUUUCACAGUCUUUGUCGGGAACAGUAGGUCAACGUGUGCUUGGUUCUCAUACGUUGUUUUUAUUUUUACAUAGGUAUUGUCUUUAUCAAAUAUCAUCUCGGCAACGUCAGAAAUUGUUAUGUCGUUCCCUUGUGCAUCUUUCAGUCUUUUUUGUGAAGUAAUGCGUUUCCAGUCUAUUAUAGAAGAAUAAUUGGUAACCUUCACGUUGUAUGGUUUCGGUUUAGUUCUGGCAUUGCGGAGUAUCGUUGGCCAUUCUGAUGGAGCCUGUAUAAACAAAUUUUUCGAUUUUCUUUCGAUAGUAGCAUGCAUACUAUCUACUGGCAUGUACGUGUGACCUGAGACUAAGUAUGUUAUUGUCAGUUUCCUUAUAGAUUUUGAGAUACUUAUGAAGUACGCCAACAUACAAAUCAUAUACCUGUUUUUAUUUUGUCCGGGACAGUUGUCACAAAAUAAGUGCACGCUUGUUUUUUCUUCUUUCUGAUCCAAAUGUAACAGGUAGUCAAAAAGAUGAGAACAUAUUUCAUUCGCACCCCUUCUUCCAUCUUUCUCGCCCCAAAAGUAACAAAACGCAUUAGCAGUGACACUUUCAUAAAUUGUGAAGUUAUAGCAAGCAUAUUUCCUCGAAAAUCCUAUCAACAUACUUUUGCCAUGAGGAGUAGUCAGUACUUUUUGUAGGUCAAAGCUAGCAAUCAAAUUAGCCGAAUCAUGGUUGUCUUUCUGUUUUUCUAGAAAAUAUUUUUUCGCACUUUCUUUUUUUUCAAUAUGUCUUAGAAAGUCGAGAUCUUCUUUGCCAUUCUUUAAGUUACUUGGUAAAUGUCUGUAACGCUCGCAUUUAAUGCAUUUAUCUUUUUUUGGCACAUGUAUUCCUAUGUUGUAUUCUUUCUUUAUGAUUCUUUUAAAACUAGAAAUGCUCAUUUUAUCAGUAUUUUGAUGAGAGUACAUUUCAUACAAGUUAGUAAACGUCUUUAUAUCAGAAGGUAGAUAAAGCUUUUUAGUUGAGCCCCUACAAUAAUGUGACGGUACAGCUGGUAGUCCUUUGAUAAACUGUUCAAGAAACAUUUUUUGAGAUGCUGUAAUACUAUGUCUAGGAUUAUGCUUGCCUCUACCAUCGGUUAUAGCUUGUAUUUUCCCUAAUAUUGCAUUCCUGAUAAUUCUUUGCGUGAUUCCAAGCGUAGCUAUAAAAAAUUGUUGACAUACCUUAACUUGAGUAUUCCCCUUCAUGAGGUACUGUUCAUAUGUAAACGUUCUUCUUGAUGUAAUCUCCAAAGUUCGUUUUCGUUUAACAUAAUCUAUCUUGACGCAUCCAUUUAUAUAAGCUUUUUGAAGAUUUCCAUCACCCAUUGCCCAGAAAGCAUCAAAUAAUGCAUGCCUUUCAUCAAGACUGAAAUCAUUACAACUAUUUUUGCAUUUUUUACCAAAACAUGGAUUUGGUAGUAGUACUUUGGGGGGUUUGGUAAUUCCUUUGUAGGUUUUGUACUGUAAGCCAUGAGCCUUCUUUUUUUUAUUUUUCAGCUUACGACUUGGUCUUUUCUUCCUUUUCCAUGUCUCAGAUGAUGUACUGCUAGAUGAAGAUGAUGCUGAUGAUUCACGGUGAUCUUGGUUUGGAGAUUCAUCGAUUGCUGAUUCACAUCCAGAUUCUGAUGAGCUGCUACUAUAUGGUACAAGUUUUUUUGUGGUAAUGCGCUCAUUAUUCUGUGUCAGAUCCUCUGGUACCUCUAGUUGCUCACAUUCCAGAAAAGCAGGGUCAGGAAUUUCUUCAAGAUAGAUAGCGCCUUCGGUCAUGAUUUCAUGUUCGGUGGUCGUAUAUUCGACGGAUGUAUUUUCAGUUAUGUUUCCUGAGCUGCUUUGAAAUAUGAUGUCGAAGUUUAAUGCCUCGUUGAUCAUAAUAUUAUUGUCUUCCAGGUAACUUUGAUCAGUUUCAUCUUCCAGCGCCAUGCUCACAAUUCGUUUUCCGCGGCUAGACAUUCUGAAAAAAACACUUGCGUAAGCGCCACAUGUGAAUGAAAUUUUAAAGUUGAUUUGCAAAUUAAAUAAACCGUUUUUAUAAAAUCCAGCAAUCACUUUAUUUCAAGUAUUACUCAUAUUCAUGCUAUUUGAUUCAAUAUAACUAAAUACCUUCAUCAGUAUCAAGCAAAGUGAAAAUAAAGGUUACAUAGCGUUAUGACGCUUACGCGUUUGUACUUGAACAGACUGAAUGCGUAAGCGCCACAUCUUUGUGAUCAUUAUUUACAGUUACAGAAUCAUACUAAAUGCUUUAGGAUGUUGCAACAACCACUAGAUACCCUAUAUAAACCAAAAUAUUCCGAUAAACCUUAUAUAACUUACCUGUAUCAGGGCUGGAGGUUGAGAGCACGUGCUGCAUAAGCGCCAACUUGACUGAGUAUUUUGAGGUUAUGGCUGGUGCAUUGUCGCUUACACAUACUUAAUUGCGAAUAUCUUGGUAACGGCUGAUCUGUCGUUUACGAGACCACCGGCAAUCGACGCGGCGUGUUUUCUUCUAUGAGUAAACAUGAAAAUCCCAAUUUCCGAAUUUUGGCGCAUACGUCGUUUUGUCAGAUCGUCAUCGAUAUAUAUGUGCCGGUAGGAUUCGAACCCGCUUAUCCUCCAUUCCACCCAACUAGUCUACGGAACAUCCAACUUUCAGGGUGUUGUUUACUAAAUAUGCUCGCUCUUGCGGAUGCUCUCAUCCGAAAAAUCGUAUACAGGUAUAUCCAUUACGAUCGCCCAUUCAUUCCUGACUGUUUUAAACGCGUCUCAAAGAAAUGUCCAUUUACGUUUGUAGGGCUUGUCUUCGUGAUUACACGAGUGUAUUAAAAAAACCCAAUUUGUCAAGUGUAAUUCAACAAUUUUUAGUAAUAUGGCUUUUGUUCGGUCGACUACAGGCGGUCAACCAUGGACAGCUGUUUCGUGCUACUAUUUGGAACUUUUCAGCAUGACGUAGGUUUGAUCUUAGUGGACGACGAGCGAAAGUUCAGCAACUCUACUGUGUUUAGAGUAUAAGGUCUAUCGUAAACAGACAGCACAAAGUGUUAAAACAGCAAGCUGUCUAUCGGAACUGUACGCCAUCUAGCGGUCACAGUCAUGACCCGGCUGACAAUGCGAACUGGCUUGUGCUCUGUUCUGUCUUAUUUCUAUCAACAAUUUUUAUCUCAUCGCAUCUAUGAAACUUAUCUUUCUUCUCUCCUGUCUUCCUCAAUAGAGGGUCAUAACAGAAAAAAUCGGACAAUUUAGGCAGCAUGAUAUUUGUCUUCCGAUUAUAUUAGACCUGAAUACAAUUAUGUCUUUCACAUGGCACCAACUUCUCAUGUGUUCUCAAUGUUAUAAAAUUGGUUAGCAUUGGUAAAGGCAGUGUGAGUACGAGUACAUUUAGCUUCCCUUAUUCAAUUCAUGUAAAAUUGUUUGUAUCGUUUGUCCAUUUGUGCUCGUUUGUGAGAUGUAGCUGUCUCUAUAGAGCAAUAGGAGUUCAAAAAGAAACACUAUUGAAACAUUAGACUAAAAAAGUGUUAUGUGGAUCAUUGUUAUGGCCUGGACUUUAAUAAAGCUAAAAAAUGGUUUAUAUAUUCGAAUAAGUGUAACUCAAGAUGUGAGGAAAAGGGUAAUACUUGCUUGGAAGUUUCAUUGGUCAACGCACCCAUUCAUAUAAAAACGCAAGUACCAGCUGUAAACUUUUAUUUUAUGUUAAUUUUUCUGGGUACUAAAAAUGUAUAUUGCACCUCAUAUGAGCCUUAUACUUCAAUGUACAGGUCAGUCAACUAGCAAGACGCUCAUAGUAAUUUAAAUAUUUGAGUAUUAUUCCAAUAUACGCAGCAUAUCUAUAAGCGGCAGGCUUCAAAAUAUGCAAGAUACACUGUCAAACUUUUAUUCGCAAAGAGUGUAGGAUUUUAUAAGAAGAGAGAUAUCCAUGUGAAAGUAGUUCUAAUGAUAUAAAUUAUAAUUUCAUGUAAAUGUAAAUAAUUACGUAAAUUCAUGCUUAUUUGUUAUAAUAAAAUAUUAUCCGACUAUCAAAAUCUUCCUCAUGUGAUAGUUGCUUACUAGUUAUUAGCAUACAUGAAAAGGGAUGAUAGAAUAUUGUCGUUGUUUAGACUAAAAAUACGAGGCUAAUUGUAACUUAACUUGGGAUGGAGUACAAAUUGUGAAAUUAUUCAUAUGGAACUUGCUAAUUGACACAAACCUAGAAUAAUACACACUUCUGAGGUUCUGAUUGUCACAUUACGAUAUAACUCUAAAAAUAAAAAUCAGGCCAUAAAUGUGUUGGACACGCAUUAAGCGUUCUAGAACCAUUUAUACGUAUAGAUAGAAUUCUCAACUGGUCAAUAUAUG